GUUCAGGAAUCCGGAUGCUUGGGAAGGAAGCGGAAAUACUGAGACGAAAAGAGCGAAAGAGAUGGGGAAGUCUGGUACAGGAAAAAAGGAGGUUCUAUUAGUUGCUCUUUAGCAUUUGAAACAGUAGGAAGCUGGUGUGGAUCCAGCGCUAAGUGGGAGAGAGAACAGAGAACGAGUCUUAACAAGAGAUUGACAGGUCGAUGCCCAGGGUCCCAGCUGCAACUUCCCUUUGCUAUGAGUGCGGGCUCGUGUGAUACAGAGAAUUCUCGGGAUCUGGAGUCAGAGGAUCUUCACCUGCACCUCCAUCCGUCCACUUAAUCUCUGGGACUUCGGCCAAGUCCCCAUGAAAGAGGAAGUGGUCAAAGUCUAUUGGAAGUAAAAUCAUAAUUGCCCAAGAGAAUAAGGAGUUGUUUGCUUGCUAAUCAACUGUGUAUUUUUCAUAAGCUUUGGACUCUAGUUCUCUAAGUUCUUAGCAAUAAGAAAAAACUCCCAUGGAUCCAUCUGCAGUCACUGCUCUUGGCGUGAUACUCUGUCUACUUCUCAUUUCAGUAUGGAGAAAGGGUUAUGGAAAAGGAAAGUUACCACCUGGACCUACUCCUUUUCCAAUUAUUGGAAAUAUACUGCAGUUAGAUACUAAGAAUAUCAAUAAAUCCUUUUGCCUGCUGGCAAAAGCUUAUGGCCCAGUAUUCACUCUGUAUUUGGGUUCUAAGCAAGCUAUCGUGUUGCAUGGAUAUGAAGCAAUUAAGGAAGCUCUGAUUGGUCAUGGAGAUGCAUUUGCUGGCAGAGGAAGUUUCCCAAUAUCUGAUACUAUUAACAAGGGAUUGGGACUCCUUUUCAGUAAUGGAGAGAGAUGGAAGCAAAUUCGCCGCUUCUCACUUAUGACCCUGAGGAAUUUUGGAAUGGGGAAGAGGAGCAUUGAGGAACGAGUCCAAGAAGAGGCAAAGUGCCUAGUGGAAGAGUUAAAAAAAACAAAUGGUCUGCCUUGUGAUCCCACCACCAUCCUUGGGUCUGCCCCCUGCAAUGUCAUCUGCUCAGUUGUUUUCCAGAAACGUAUUGAAUAUCAAGAUGAGAAAUUUCAGCAUUUAAUGGAAAUUUUAAAUGAAAACAUCAGGAUUCUCAGCUCCCCAUGGAUACAGAUCUACAAUCUUUUCCCAUCUUUAGUCCAUUAUCUCCCAGGAAUUCAUCAUAAAUUAAUCAAAAACUUUCGUAAGAUGAAUGACUUUGUUUUGGAGAAAGUGAAGGAACAUCAGGAAACCUUGGAUGCUAAUGACCCUCGGGACUUCAUUGAUUGUUUCCUGAUGAAAGUAGAGGAGGAAAAGCAAAACCCACAAUCUGAGUUUACUAUUGAAAAUUUAGUCUAUACCACUCUUGAUCUCUUUGGAGCCGGGACAGAGACCACCAGCACCACUCUGAGAUAUGGCCUCCUGCUUCUACUGAAGCACCCUCACAUAACAAAAAAAAUCCAGGAAGAAAUCGACCGAGUGAUUGGCCCAAACCAAAGUCCCUGCAUGAAAGACAGAAACAAUAUGCCUUAUACCAAUGCUGUGAUCCAUGAAAUACAGAGAUACAUUGACCUUGUUCCUGCCAGCCUGCCUCAUGCAGUAACACAAGACAUUCAGUUCAGACAAUACCUCAUCCCCAAGGGCACCACCAUAAUACCAUUGCUGACUUCUGUUCUCUAUGACAAUGAAGAGUUCCCCAAUCCGGAUCAAUUUGACCCACACCAUUUCCUGGAUGAAACUGGCAACUUUAAGAAAAGCAAUUAUUUUGUACCCUUUUCAACAGGAAAACGGGCAUGUGUUGGCGAGGGCUUGGCUCAGAUGGAAUUGUUUCUCUUUUUUACCACCAUCCUACAACAUUUUACCUUGAAGCCCGUCACGGACCUCAAAGACAUUGAUGUCACUCCAGUUGACACUGGGUUUAAUCACGUGCCACCCUGUUACGAGAUCUGCUUCCUACCUUCCAAGAAUGUGGACCCCUAGCAGUGGUCCUGGCUCCUUCUUAUUCUCCUGCCAUUCUCUCCCCUGCAUCCAAAGUCUUCCAGGAGUUGGACCAAAUGGACUCUUCCAGCCUGAUUUCCACCUGCUCCCCUCGGCUUUAGUAAAAAUAGAUGACAAGCAGACUCCUCCCAGGCUUCUUGCCCCAAUGCUUUCAUUCCUGCCAAUUAUUCCUAGGCUCAGAGUAUUUCCUCCUGUUUCUCAUUUUCUCUUGUUGAAAUACUACCCAUCCUUAAAGAUCCAUUCAGAUGCCACGUUUAGCACUUAUUUCUUUAGCACUUAUGGUCUGUACUACACAAUAUAACAUUUAACUAUAUGCUCAAUUUAUUUUGCUUCCUUUCAAGUAUUUCAGUCUCAUUUCCUGAGCAGAUGAAUGGUACAGUAGUAAAGUAACAGACUUGGAGUCAGGAAGAUCUGGUCAAAUCCUGCACCAGACACUUAAUGUAGCUUUGUUCCCCUAGUCAAGUUCUUUGAUAUCUCAAUCUCUUGUUUGUUCUUCUGUAAAAGGGAGAGAAUAAUAGCACCUACCUCCCUUGGUCAUUGUAAAGAUCAAAGGAGAUGACAUAAUUAAAGCACUUUGUCAGCCUUCUAGCACUACAUAAGUGCUAGUUAACGUUAUCUUCUCUUUAAGUAGAAUGUAAGCCACUUGGGUAAGGACUAUAUACGGUACUAGGCACAGAGAAGGGAAUCAAUAACUGACUCUUUGUUAUACACUGAGUAGGCUGUUUCAUCUUGUGAGAGUAUAUGCAAAAUGCAUUUGCCUUUUUUUAGGAUAUAAAUAUAUAUACAUA